ACUGUGAUCAAAAUAAUAUCCAUUACGUUUCUUCUCCAAGUCAAAAUACAGCAGAAAGUAUUCAGCCAAAAAAUAAUACUCCACCAGGCAUGAACCGAAAUCUGACAAUAAAUAUCGAAAAUAUGUGUACAUUGCACGGUAAAUUGCCAAAUAUUCGUUUACCGUCUAAAUUUUUAUUUGGCAAUUCGAAAACUCCAAAUACUGUACCUGCAGAAUUUUCACCUAUUCCCGAACCAAGACAUUAUGGUCGUGAUCAAGCAACAAAUCCGAAAGAUGAUUAUUUUAGUUUUACCACAG